UGUGCACGACCCCACGAGUGUCAUUAUUUUGAAACUGUGUUCGUACAAUCUGCUUUUACAUACUACAGAGUACAGUACGACUUGCUUCUACCAAGACUGGCAAGACAAGACAGUAACCAGCAUUUGAUUCUGUCCGGUAAUUCGUGCAAGAAGUUGGAAGGCAGUGCUUAGUGCGAAACAGCGGCUGUUCUUACCUGCAGAUAUGGCGUACCCACCUGGCCCACCGGGAGGAUACCCACCUGCGGGAGGUGCUCCGGGUGCCUAUCCACCAAAUCCUGGAUACCCACCUGCUGGUGGUGGCAUGGGAUUCGAUAUGCUAGGUGGUCCGCCGGGUGGAGCUGGCUACCCUCCAGCAGCUGGUGGUGCUGGUUACCCUCCACCGGCAGCUGGUGGUGCUGGAUAUCCACCACAGCCUGGCUAUGGAGCUCCUCCAGCCGCUGGCGGAUAUCCGCCGGCGGUGGGUAGUGGCAGCUAUCCUCCUCCAGCUGCUGGAGCGCCUGGAUAUCCAUCUCAACCAGGCUAUGGCCAGCCACCUCCAGCUCAGGGUGGAUAUCCGCAACAGCCUCCUCCUGCCCAGGGUGGAUAUCCGCAACAGCCUCCUCCUGCCCAGGGCGGUUAUCCGCAACAGCCACCUCCAGCUCAAGGUGGCUAUCCACAGCAGCCUCCACCCGCCCAGGGCGGAUACGCACAAACACAGCCAGCUGCUCCUGGGGGAUACCCCCAGCAGCCUCCACCCGCCCAGGGGGGAUACCCCCAGCAGCCUCCACCAGCUCAGGGCGGCUAUCCCCAGCAACCUCCACCAGCUCAGGGCGGCUAUCCCCAGCAGCCUCCUCCAGCUCAGGGUGGAUAUGCUCAAACUCAACCAGCUGCCCCUGGUGGAUAUCCGCAACAGCCACCAGCUGCUGGAGUUCCACCCCCAGCUGGCUAUGCGACUACUCAGCCUGCAUCGCAGCAGAGUGCCCUGCCCACACAGCAGAUGGCCUCCAUGUCCAUUCAAGCUCCUGCAUCAAGGCCUACAAUCAAGCCUUGUGCUGGCUUCAAUGCUGAGAAUGAGGCGCAGGCGCUGCGCAAGGCUAUGAAAGGAUUUGGUACCGAUGAGAAGGCUAUCAUUAGUUCCCUGGUGAAGUGCAGCAAUGCCCAGCGCCAGGAAAUUAUCCAGCGCUUCAAGCUUAUGUUUGGCAAGGAUCUCAUCAAAGAACUGAAGGGUGAACUGAGCGGUGACUUUGAGGAUGCUGUACUGGCACUGAUGAUGCGACCAGCUGAAUAUGACGCACAAAGCCUGCACAGAGCAAUAGCGGGUGCUGGCACUACGGACAGUGUGCUGAUUGAGAUCAUGUGCAGCCGAACCAAUGCGCAGAUUCAAGAGAUCAAAGACGUCUAUCGCAAGAAGUAUAGAGACCUUGAGAAGGACCUGAUCGGUGAUACCAGCGGUCACUACAAGCGCUUGCUGAUCUCCUUGUGUCAAGGUUCACGUGAUGAGAACAUGGCCGUAGACAUGGCCAAAGCCAAUGCUGAAGCUCAAAAGCUGUACCAGGCUGGCGAGAAGAAGUGGGGAACUGAUGAGUCACAGUUCAAUCAAAUCCUGGCUGUGCGAAGCUCGCCCCAGCUCAAGGCGACAUUUGAUGAGUAUGCAAAGAUUGCCCAGCGUGACAUUCUGAACAGUAUCGACCGAGAAAUGUCCGGCAACUUGAAAGCCGGCAUGAUUGCUAUUGUCAAGGUCAUGCGUAACCCGCCGGACUACUUUGCUGAACGCAUUUACACGGCAAUGAAAGGAGUGGGCACCGAUGAUUCUGGCCUGAUCCGCGCCAUUGUCAGCCGCUCAGAGAUUGACUUGGAGAAUAUCAAAGAAGCCUUCUUUCACAAGUACCACAAGACCAUUGGCAAAUGGCUGCAGAGUGAAGUCAGCGGUGAUUACCGCAGACUUCUCAUCGAUAUUGUUGGGACGAACUAAGCAUCGGUUUCAUCACUUGUCGUAUAUUUUUGUGUGCAUGAGUGGUCACAGCACCUCCAGGCACUUUUACCGGACUGCCUCGUUUUCCACGUCUUGUCGUAGUCUUCACUUGGCAUUAUGUCAUGUCAGUAACGUCCUUCUUUUUCUUUUCUUUUUACCAACAACUCGCAUGAUUUGUUUCAAUAUUCAUGUUACCUAAUAGUUUCCUGUUUGUAUUGCUGAACUACUUGUAGCUCACUGUUUGCCAUCUACCAAGUUUCAACUCUUCCUUAGUCUUUUUUUCUCCUGUCAGUCAUCACUGCAUCAUUGGCCUUUACUACUAAUGUACUAUAGCACAAGAUUGUUUUACCUCUUAGAAGUUAGAACACUGCACUUCCAGUGUUUUAUUUUUUUACACUUGUGAACGGAUGAUCUUCACGACA